AUGGCGUCUUGGCUUGCUCGACUGAGCGGGAAAUCGUCAUCAGAGGAAGAUGAGGAGCCGGCAACGGUGGCUCACAUGGGUGGGGCCAAUACAAUGUACUAUGAUGAGCAACGUAAACGAUGGGUAGAGCGAGGUAAGGAAGAUGAGUUAGAAGAGGACGAGGAGUUGAAGCCGCCUCCUAUGGCCUUCACCAAGCGCGAAACCCCAGCAGCGGACCCUUCGACGUCUAGUAGCAGCAGCAACGACUUCAUGGCUCAGAUGACACGACCAGUUGCUCUUGGGGCAGCUGAAUGCCUUCGCCACCGUCUCCACGCCGAACCCGCCGCGCCGACGAGAGGCAGCGACUUGGAUUGGCCCUCCCUCAACAGAGGCAGGAGACAGCGAGCAGGGAUGGAAGCAGAGGCGUUGCCGAAAUUCGGCCCGCCACUGCAAGGCACCAAUGGUCCUUGGCUGAUAAACAAGCCUUGUGUGAAGCCGAAGCCCAUUGGGAGAAACAUAGGGAGUGUUGUAAGGGUAGUAAAGGGAGUAUUCUCAAGCGAGAGGAGCGCAUGUGCUGUGCAGAACACAAACGAGCAGGGUCAAGCAGAGGAAUUGAACAGAACGCAGAAUGGAAACCAAGAGAACUGGCAGGAUAGGCUAUCCCAAGUGCAAAGUCCGGGGCAGGGUGAACCACAGGGUCCGAGGCGGCAAUGUGGAAGACCCAAAGGCCCGGACGAUCCACGAACAGAGCCUGAGAGGAGACUCAUCGCGAAUUUUCGCGAAGAGCUGAGAGUGGUUAAAAAUCUCUCUAUAUCAGAGAGAGAGAGAUUGCCUGACAUGAAAGAUAAGAUGAACCUGAUCAAGGAAAGAGCCAGAGUGAUAGAAGAGGCAAUGUUAGAAGAAUGUGGAGAAGAACCUACGGCGGAAAUGAUUAACCACAUAAUAUUCGCCGCCGCUAGGGUACUUCUUUCGGAACAAGGAGUGAGCACCAAGCAAGUGAAAAAGAAAAAGGGCAAACUCCCAGCGAAACGUCGAUUAGAAAGCAAACUCAAAGCCACACGCAAGGAUCUUGGCAGGAUAACUGCAUAUUUACAGCAUUAUGAAAAUCCUAGCAGGAGGCUGAAAAUGAUCACUAAGGAGCUCAGAAACAAACAUGGCCACUCCAAAUCGGCGUUAUUGAAUCUGCAAGGUAAACUAACACUCAGUCUCAAGAAUGUGAGUGCCAAGCUGAGAAAGUGGAAUAUUAAAGAGGAGAGAACAAAGCUUGAGAGGUUGAUGAACUCCGACCAGAAGCAAUUAUACAGAGAUCUGUCUCACAGUGAAGACCAAACACAUGAGGGGGAGGAAACAGUAAAUGGGGAAGAGUUAGGGAGAUUCUGGAAAAAUGUAUGGGCUUAUCAAAACACACCAGGAUUUGAAAAUGAAACAUGGUAUAUCGAGUAUCGUAACAAGUUGAGAAGGAAGAACAUUAGUCCAUUAGGACUCACUAUGAUAUCGCAAGAACAAGUUAAGGAAGCAAUCGGGAAAGCGCGCCCGUGGAAGGCAGCGGGACCUGAUAAGCUGAAGACUUACUGGUUCAAAUUAUUCCCUAGGAUCCAUGAAAAACUAGCAGUAGCCUUCACGAAAAUCCUAACCGGAGAGCAUGAUCCUCCAGAUUGGUUCUAUCACGGAACUACACAUUUAUUGGAGAAACCGCUCAGGGAGAACCGGUGCAGAAGGGCUAGCGAUUACAGACCAAUUACCUGUCUAUGCACUAUGUACAAAUUUCUCACUAGUAUCAUAGCUACAAAGCUCACAUCGCAUCUCGAAAUGAAUGACAUUAUCGCUAAGGAGCAGUUAGGUUGUCGUGCUGGUAGACGUGGAUGUGUCCAUCAACUGUUGAUUGAUCAUGCAGUGUCACACCACGUUCGAACUUCUUAUCACAACCUGGCAUGUGGGUGGGUAGACUUUGCGAAGGCGUAUGACUCGUUAGCGCAUAGUUGGAUUAAAAUAUGGCUCAAGGAAUUCGGCGUAGGUGAGAAUAUUAUCAAUUUCAUUAGUAGAUGUAUGGAAAACUGGAAGCUAGCUCUCCAUGUCAAUGGAGUGGCGGUAGAGGGAGGGAAUGUUGAGAUAGUGCCUAUAGUGAUAGGUGUGACGGGUGCAGUGUCGAAGUCUCUCCCUAGGGUGCUGAAAAAUGCGCUGCUUGUGGGUGUGGACAUCAAAACAUGCCAGCGAGUUGCUAGUAUCACUCGAUCUCGUUUCGUCGACCCAUUCACCAGUAUGAGUGGCGGCUCCACCGCAAAGUCGACAUCACCCAAGAAGGGUCCACCACACCUCCUACCGGCCCCCAACCCCUUCGGAGGUCUACUACCUGGUCCCCCGGUCCUGACGGAAGAGAAGCCCUCGGGAGAGGAGGAGGAGGGUACCGCCGUGUCAAUGCCGAUACCACCUGAAAGCACCAAAGAGCUUACAACGAGCCCAGUAUUGCCAGAGAGUGUCGAAGCGGAAACCAAGCAGGAGGAGGAGCAACCGGUAGAUACUGCAGUUACGGACGCCCUCCCGAUGCGUUCCGCUGUGGAGGACGAACGGCAGGUAGAGAGCUCUCAGACUCCCUUAGCGGCUACUGGUCAGUUGGAUGGAGGGGAAAUGGAAUCGGUCAGUCCGGUGGGGGUUGGAUUGGGAGAGGACGUUGGAUGGGGAGGACUGUUAUCGCAUGAUGAGUGGGGAGAGCAGGGAGGCGACUGGAUGGUGGUGACGCCCACGGAGCAGGAGGAAGGUUGUACACAUACGGACGAUACCACUCAACGCGAUGAUGGUAGUGGGGAUCCUCCCUCACCGACCCUGCCCAUCGAGACGAGGGUUGGAAGUCCUAAGGAGGGGGGAGUUGUCCCUGUGGUGGAGGUCCAUCACGACGACGACGAGGAGGAGGAGGUCGUCGCGGCAUCCCCCGAGGGAGGGGAGGAGGAGAGUCCAGUAGUGGAGAGAGAUGAAGUCUCAGAGGACCAGGGCAUUGUUGAGGAGGCAGUCGAGGAGAAGGCUGGGGUGGACGAACAGGGGGAGGGAGUUUUAACGGGCAGUGAAGAACCCAAACGAUCUACUUCUAUCGACUUUUUUGAGGAGAUUUUGGGAGAGAAAGCUGCCGAGUCCGAUGAGAAGCCCGACACGAACGAUGGAGGGGAAGAGCAUGAGCCUUCACCAGGAACACCCAACAGCAGCUGUCCCACACGUGGCGGAGACGGCAAGUAUAGUGGCAACGAGAGCUCCUUGGGGGAGGGAGGAGGAGGAGGAAGACUCCCGUCCGAGGGGAGCCAAGCCUUCGAGAAGUUAUCUAAGGAAAGCUCAGAGACCAUUGCUCGGUUGGAGGCUAAGCUGGAGGAGGUGACUACAGUGUUGGAAACACAGAAGGAGGCUAAUGCGGAGUUGAGGGGGAGGGUAAAGGAUCAGCAAAGGCAGCUGGAGGAGUUGGUCAAGAAGACAGCGGAGGAGGAGGUCUCGAAGGCCGCCCCUGCUGAUGGGGAGGAGGAUGUGGAGGGGAUCCUCAAGGAUUUGCCAGAUUUCGUCCGUACUCGAGAUAGGGAGGAUAUCCUCUUAUUCGUGCAGAACCUGAUCAAAGCCAAGACGAAGGAGGAGGAGGCGAUGUACCAGUCUUCUCGGUUGGAGUCGACAGGCUCGGUCUACUCUCAACGCUCUCGCACCCUCAUGCCAGGAGGCCGUAAUGGACGACAAUACCGACAGCAGCAGCAGCAGUUGGACUCUUCCUCCCCUGCCUCCUCCAUCAGCCGCACUCAGAGGACCUCGACUAGUCGGGUGGUCAAGUCAUCCCGUAGUAAAGCCUAUGGUUGCCAGGGUUAUACCCCUGCACGCUCCUUCCAUAGACUUAUGGAGGAGUAUGGCAGUGAUGAUGAUGAUGAGAAUACUAUAAUGCAUUCCCCAGCUGAGGCGGCCACCUCACGAUUAGAUCUGGACGAUAGUAGACUAUCAGAAAUCAAUAGCAGUACAGGUCUGGUAGCCCGAUUGGAGUACCUCUCGAGCCACUGUCGUUACGCGGUGCCGUCAUGUAGUAGUAGGGAGGAGGCGGAGGCUGCCAGGACGACUUUAGAGGAAGUAGCGGCUUCGAGUGACGCUAUGGUUGCAUCAGCGUUCGCCAAGACGAUGGAAGUGGUGUCUUUUUCGUGGGACUCGUCGGCUCUUCCUCGAAAUCCUCUGCUCACUAAGGCUACUAUUUUCAAGGCCUUCUCAUGUAUGCCGGACAAACUGGAGGAGUUGUUGAAGUCCUCUACGAGAUGCCCUCUAUCGGUGGAAAUGCAGCAGGAAGUGAGGGCAAUGCUUGGCGCGAUGUGGAACAUAUCUCUUAAUGAGGAUUCCCAUGACAAUCCGAUCCUCACUGGAGGCUCGGCCCUCCUGCCCAGCUUGGUCCAGGUCUUAGCCCGAUACUCAGUGGACGAUCGGCAGAUCUGUAAGAAUGCCUGCGGGCUUCUAUUGACACUCAUGACCAACGAUAGCAAGUUAUGUCGGGAUUUCCUGGCGAUCGAUGGAGGCCUUAGCGUGCUUACAUCAGUACUGCGAACGCACAAGUUCGAACAGGAAGAUGCGGCAACGGAACAGGCCCUCCAGUGCAUCUUCCUCCUCGCUACGGUGGUCCCGGAGUGUCGAGCUAGUAUUGGCAGCCAGAUAGAUAGAUUCACUCUGGACCGUUUACAGGGCAUUAAGCAUGCCUCGAGGCUGAGGGAUAUCCUAUUCCGAUCGUCGACAAGGAAUAAUAAGCGAUGA